CUGAGACUGGGGACAGGGUCAGAGGAACCCGGAUCAGGCCUUGCCCACAGCCGGGCUCACUAGCAGCCCAGAGCUGGUCACUGGGCUGCCCACUUUCUGCCCUAGUCCCACUGGUGCGGAUGUGCCACUGCCCACUGGAGCACCAUGAUGCCAGGAUGACCUCAGGUGAAGCAGCAGCAUUUGCUGGUGGUGCUCAGGUGGCUAGGCCCUCCGAAUGGCCUGCUGGGAGCCCCCAGGCCCUUGGGCAACCUGGCCGAGCCCGGGUGGCCAUGGCAGCACUGGUGUGGCUGUUGGCAGGAGCCAGCAUGUCAAGCCUCAACAAGUGGAUCUUCACUGUGCACAGCUUCAAACGGCCCCUGCUGCUCUCAGCACUGCACAUGCUGGCAGCAGCGCUGGCAUGCCACUGGGGGGCACAGCGCACCAUGCCAGGUGGCACCCGCUGCCGUGUGCUUCUGCUCAGCCUCACCUUUGGCACCUCAAUGGCCUGUGGCAACAUGGGACUGAGUGCCGUGCCCCUGGACCUAGCUCAGCUGGUCACCACCACCACACCACUGUUCACACUGGCUCUGUCAGCACUGUUGCUGGGCCGUCGUCACCACCCGCUGCAGUUGGCUGCCAUGGGCCCCCUCUGCCUUGGGGCUGCCUGCAGCCUGGCUGGAGAGUUCCGGACGCCUCCCACUGGCUGUGGUUUCCUGCUGGUAGCCACCUGCCUCCGAGGCCUCAAGUCUGUUCAGCAGAGUGCCCUGCUGCAGGAGGAAAGGCUGGACGCGGUGACCUUGCUGUAUGCCACCUCGCUGCCCAGUUUCUGCCUGCUGGCAGGUGCGGCACUGGUCUUGGAGGCUGGUGUGGCCCCGCCGCCCACUUCUGAUGACUGUCACCUCUGGGCCUGUAUCCUGCUCAGCUGCCUCCUAUCUGUGCUCUACAACCUGGCCAGCUUCUCCCUGCUGGCCCUCACCUCAGCCCUCACCGUCCAUGUCCUGGGCAACCUCACCGUCGUGGGCAACCUCGUCCUAUCCCGGCUCUUAUUUGGCAGCUGCCUCAGUGCCCUUAGCUAUGUGGGCAUUGCACUGACUCUUUCAGGAAUGUUCCUUUACCACAACUGCAAGUUUGUGGCCUCCUGGGCUGCCCGCUGGAGACUGUGGUGGAGGGACCAGCCUGGCAAGGGUCUUUGAGACUGGAGGAGCUCAGGGCCUACCUAGGACAGCCCUAGACUGAAUCUAACCUCAGCCAGUGGCCAUAGAAAAAGUGGAGAACAGGCAGCUGCCACUUCUGGGGGCCAUGGGAGGGAGAGGCACCUUCUGGAAGGGCUGCUUCAGAGGCUGGAACAGGGACUCCAGAGAGACCCACCUCCUGUCCUUGCCUGCCUCACCCCCAUCACAGACGCUGCUCACUACUGGAUGGUGGGUCAAGCCUGGCACAGUCACUGUGUUUGUAGGAGUAAUUAUUAGGAUCAGUAUCAACUAGAGCACCAAAAAUUGCUGGGCAAAUUUUGAAGACCUCAACAUGUUACAGUGGUGAUGAUGAUGGUGAUUCUUGGUGGUUGCACAAUCCUUCCUUCAGCGGGGGAGGCAGCUAGGGGGCCCAGGGAAGGACUUCUUUGCUGCCAGGCUCCUCUAGAGAGUCAGGUAGUGUGUACCAACUCUAGGCAGCUGCUGCGGCCUCACCCUUGGGCCCCCCAGUUUUGGGUCAUCCGCCCUCAAAUAAACUAUUUUUGCUUGUA